AUGGAUACCACCCAGAGGCCCCACGUCUCCCCCUCCCCCACGCCCACCCCGGACGGCCCGACCCUCCCCCAUACCCUCGCCAGUUCCGACAUCGUGGUGUUAGUCCUGUACUUCCUGUUUGUGAUGGCUGUGGGGUUGUGGUCCAUGUGGAAAACCAAGAGAAGUACGGUGGAUGGGUACUUUCUUGCUGGGAAGAACAUGGUGUGGUGGCCGGUGGGGGCGUCUCUCUUCGCCAGCAACGUGGGGAGCGGCCACUUCAUUGGCUUGGCCGGGUCAGGGGCUGCCGCCGGCAUCGGCGUCACCGCCUACGAGUGGAACGGUAUGCUGAUGGUGCUGCUAUUGGGUUGGCUGUUCCUCCCUAUUUACAUCGCCUCAGGGGUGACAACAAUGCCAGAAUAUUUGAAGAAACGGUUCGGCGGGAAGAGGAUCCAGCUGUUCAUAGCCAUUUUGUACCUAUUCAUUUACAUCUUUACAAAAAUAUCGGUGGACAUGUAUGCUGGUGCAGUGUUCAUCCAGCAGGCUCUGCAGUGGGACCUCUACCUGGCUGUGAUCCUGCUCUUGGUGAUCACUGCCCUCUACACUGUAGCAGGUGGCCUGGCUGCAGUGAUCUACACCGACGCCUUCCAGACCGUAGUGAUGCUGAUAGGGGCCUUAACCCUCAUGGGAUUCAGUUUCAACGAAGUCGGAGGCUGGGAAGCACUCCAUGACCGGUACUGGGAGGCCAUCCCCAAAAUCCGAGACCUCAACACCACCUGUGGCCUUCCACGCGAGGAUGCCUUCCAGCUGUUCCGCGACCCCAUCACCUCUGAUCUCCCCUGGCCAGGAGUUCUACUGGGGAUGUCUGUCCCAUCAAUAUGGUACUGGUGCACAGACCAGGUGAUUGUCCAGCGGUCACUGGCAGCCAAGAACCUGGUCCAUGCCAAAGGAGGCUCUCUGCUGGCCUCCUACCUGAAGGUCCUACCCUUCUUCAUGAUGGUCCUGCCAGGCAUGAUCAGCAGGAUACUGUUCCCAGAUGAAGUGGCCUGUGCAGACAGUGAUGCAUGCAGACAGGUGUGUGGGAACCCAGUCGGGUGUUCUGACAUCGCUUACCCCAAACUGGUGAUGGAGCUCCUGCCCGCAGGUCUGCGGGGAUUGAUGAUGGCGGUGAUGAUCGCGGCCCUCAUGUCUUCACUCACCUCCAUCUUCAACAGCUCCAGCACCAUCUUCACCAUGGACCUGUGGAGGCACCUGAGACGUGGAGCCACUGAGUGGGAGCUGAUGAUCGUGGGCAGAGUGUUCGUGCUGGUCCUGGUGGUGGUGUCGGUCCUGUGGAUCCCCCUGGUUCAGGCCAGCCAGGGUGGCCAGCUCUUCAUCUACAUCCAGUCCAUCAGCUCCUACCUACAGCCGCCCGUCUCCAUCGUCUUCAUGGCUGGCUGCUUCUGGAAGAGGACAAAUGAGAAGGGUGCAUUCUGGGGCCUGGUGCUGGGGCUUCUGGCCGGUUGCGUCCGGAUGAUUCUGGACUUCGUGUACCCUGUCCCACUGUGUCACGAGGUGGACACCAGGCCCAGCAUCAUUAAAUACGUCCACUACCUGUACUUCUCCAUCAUCCUGUCCAUCAUCACCCUGGCCGUGGUUGUGAUAGUCAGUCUGGCCACAGAGAAGCCUCCUGCGGAGCAGGUCAGCGGCCUCACGUGGACCACCAGGUUCGACCCUGUGCAGCAAAGCGGCCUGAGUACGGACGUGGUGAUCUCAGCAGGACAGGGCGAGCUAGGACCCCGUGCAGAGGAUGAGGCCAGAAAUGGAAAAACUGACCCACCAAGGAGAGGUUCCCAUUCCACAGAGGAAAGUGAGCAGAUGAGAUCCAGGCUCAAGUCUGCCCUCUUGUGGCUGUGUGGGAUGGAGCAGAAAGAGGCCGGUGGGCGCUUGCCACCACCGCCACCCCCUGCCAACGCCGCCGUCUGCUCCCUGGAUGAGGACCCCACCAUGAGACACGUCAUCAACGCCAACCUCAUCGUGUGCAUGGCCGCCACAGCCUUCUUGGUCGGCUACUGGGCAUAG